ACGGCUUUCCUUCCAAGAAGUUAAGAAACAGACUACGAAGCAAAGAGAAAAGAAGGCCAAAAAGUCAUGCUAAUUUUCUGCAUUUUUAAAUUGUUGGUUUCAACUAAAAAAAGAAAAAAAAAAAUACACUGGCAAAGCAGACAGAGAGGGGGAAAAGUCGAUCUUGUACGGAAAUUCUAUUUCUCCGAAACUUUUAAAUAAAAAGGGGAAAAAAAAAAAAAAAAGAAGAAGGAAGACUCCACUCCAGAUCUGCGUGGGUCGAUAAGAGAAAGAGAAAGAGAGAGAGAGAGAGAGAGAGUAGUUGAAUGCGGUUAAUUGGUUGAGAGAAAUCAGAAGCAUGGGGUUCAAAUGAAUGUGCUGGUUUGAAGUAUUCUUUCAGUGGAGGCUCCAUAUUUGCAGUUAGUUCCAAAGUGUGACUACUGAUGGAGACUGAAACGCCAUCGUUUGCCAACGAACAGCUCGAUUCUUCAGUAGGAGGAGUAGCAGGAGGAGUAGCAGCAGCAGGAGGAUCAACCUCCAAUGAUAACAGAGGAAAGCAUCGGAUUCUUGCUGAGCUCAAACGCCUCGAACAAGAACUCAAAAGCUUGGAGGGAGAUUGGACCGGGUUUAGAAUGAAGCGACCUGGAGAUGUUCCACUCUGUUGGGUAUUUUGGCAUCGGAAGAGUUGGAAGAGCUUGAAAGAACCGAAAAUGUCUCAUCAAUAUGUGCUGAGUUGCUCUUAUUUCUGAUGCUCCAUGAUAGAUGUAUUCCUAUUACAGAACAAAUGGCCCAAUAAACGUAAUGUGGGAUCGAUGGUUUGAAGGACCACAGGAUUCACAAGGUUGCAGGUGUUGGAUACUCUGAUUUGUAAGCAAAAA